AAAAUUUUCUGCCUGACUCUGCUCUAGCACAGACUGCCUCCUCCUCCUCCUUGCUUGCCGUGAUCUCAUCUCGUAGCCGCCGUCUCCUUUGCCCCGGACACUUCGCUUCCCCUUCCUCCUCCUUCUCUAUUGUCGCCGACGUUUCCACUUGCCUCUGCCUUGACUGCCUUCGUCUCCUACUUCGCUGGCCCCUCUGCCAACGCCUCAUCCACUGCAGUGACAUUCUUCCCCGAUCUGUCUGCUCCAGCUGCCUUGUUAUAUCCUACAUCGUUUUUUCAAGGUUAUGAUUGAUUUGGGCGUCGAGGAGAAUCAAUCACUGGAUCUAUGCAAGUGCAAAUUGUUAAUGCACUUCGAUUGGGGGCUAGGAGCAAAGCUUCCCAUCUGUUGUCUGAUCUUAGCCGUGGGAACAACUUGCUUAGAGCUGCUGACUUUGUUCAUAUUCUUGAAUACUGUAUGAAUUCACCUGAUCCACCGUUUGUCAUGGAAACUUGGAGACAUAUGGAGGAAAGGAAGAUUAGUAUGAGCCCAAGAUGCUAUACUCUUAUUUUUAGAGCUCUCUGUAAAGGGGGUUAUCUGGAGGAGGCAUUUAAUUUGAUAAACUUUCUUGGAGAAAACCAUGGUGUCUAUCCAAUUCUACCACUGUACAAUAGUUUCUUGAGAAGCUGCACUCAGAUGCGAAGUCAUGUACAUGCCAAUCUUUGUUUAGAUUUAAUGGAGCAUCGUUUGAUGGGAAAGAAUGAAGUGACAUAUUGGGAGCUGCUAAAGCUUGCAGUUUGGCAGCAGAAUGUCUCUGCAACCCAUGAAAUUUGGAAGGAGUAUAUCAAGUACUACAGUCUGAGCACCAUUUCUUUGCGGAAGUUUAUAUGGUCUUUUACACGGCUGGGCGACUUACAAGCUGCUUAUGAGACUCUGCAACAUAUGGUGGCUGUGGCUCACAAGGGCAGUGAUUUGAUGAAUAAAACUGCUGAAGGAAAGUUGUCUGUUUCGAGAUUGGAUAUUCCAAUACCUACAAAUGGUGUACUUAAGAAAUGCAGCAUGGAGAAGAAUGAACAGUCUAUGCCAUCAAUCUUUGAGAACUGUAAGAAAAUGGACACUUGUUUUGUUGAUAGUGAGUACUGUGCUAUGGUUGGUGUGGGAAGUAGAGAAGCUAUGAGUCUUGGAAUGAGAAUGCUGGAAAGAAAAAAAGGCAGGCUUGCCAUGAAGGUCUUGAGGUGGGCAUUCAGCGAUGUAAUAUAUGCGUGUGCACAAAGUCAAACUUGUGGAAUGGCAGAGCAGUUGAUCUUACAGAUGCAAAACCUUGGGUUGGAACCGUCAUCCCAUACAUAUGAUGGCUUCAUCAGAGCAGUUGUUUCUGAGAAAGGUGUACGCGAUGGCUUGGAAAUAUUAAAAGUUAUGAAGCAGAGAAAUCUGAAGCCAUAUGACUCAACUCUUGCUACCCUAGCGAUUGGUUGCAGCGAAGUUCUAGAACUGGAUUUAGCUGGGGCUUUGCUGGAGCAAAUUUCUGAAACAUCAUAUGCUCAACCUUACAAUGCUUAUAUUGCAGCGUGUGAUACCCUCGGCCAACCUGAACGCGCCAUGUGGAUAUUGGCUAAAAUGAAACAAUUGAAAAUCAAGCCAGAUAUUAGGACAUAUGAGCUCCUAUUUUCCUUGUUUGGUACUGUGAAUGCCCCAUAUGAAGAGGGAAACAUAUUGUCACAGGUAGAUGCUGAGAAAAGAAUAAAUGCUAUAGAAAUGGAUAUGGUGAGAAAUUGCAUUCAGCACAGUCAUUUAUCUAUCAAGAACAAGCUAAAAGCACUUGGAGCAGAGGGGAUGGUGAAAGAAAUGAUCCAGUUAUUGCGCUUAAUGGAUAACCAGUUUAGUCUGAGUAACACUUAUCUGGGUACAUCCCUCUACAAUACCGUGUUGCAUUCACUUGUUGAGGCUAAAGAAAGCUCUACCGCGAUUGAAUUAUUUAAGAAAAUGAAAUCACGUGGCAUUCUGUUUGAUGCUGCGACUUAUAAUAUUAUGAUCGAUUGUUGCAGCACUAUAAAAUGCUUCAAGUCUGCUUCUGCACUAGUUUCUAUGAUGGUGCGUGAUGGUUUCUUUCCUGAGACAGUAACUUACACUGCUCUCAUAAAGAUCUUGUUGGGAUAUGAAUAUUUUAAUGAAGCACUAAAUCUUCUAGAUCAAGCACGUUUGGAAGGAAUAAAACCUGAUUUAUUAUUAUUUAACACCAUUCUUCGAGAAGCAUGCAUGAAGGGACGAAUCGACGUAGUUGAGUUUAUUGUUAAGCAGAUGCAUGAAGAAAAAAUUCAACCUGACCCAUCAACCUGCUCUUAUGUGUUCACUGCAUACGUAGCCUCCGGUUUUCACAGAACAGCCAUGGAAGCAUUGCAGGUUUUGAGUAUGCGAAUGAUUUCUGAAGAAGAAAGCAUGUUGGAAGAGAAGAAAUCCGAAUACGAGGAUCUUAUCCUAGCUGAAGAUUUGGAAGCCGAAUCACGGAUUCUCCAGCUUUUUAAAUGUUCCAAGGAUAAUAUGGCCAUUGCACUUCUAAAUUUAAGAUGGUGUGCAAUGGUUGGAAUCUCAAUUUCAUGGCUACCUAAUCAAAGUCUGUGGGCCAGAAGACUGUCAGGUGGUUGUAGUUCUUGAAAAUGAGAUGGUUGAUGAGUUUUAGGUAGUGGUUUUCUAAGUAAUCAUGAGCUGCAUGGUUGAGGUAACCCAUAAUUAACCUAUCUUGUUCUUUUAUCAACACACUAGAUAAACAGAAAUAGCAGAAUCAACAUGCAAGAAUGACUUUGUUUUAAUCCACGGGACAUGCUUUUAUUGUGGAAUUAGGAAAAAUGAAUGUAGUAAACUUUGUCCAAACACCUAGUUUAGAUUAGACAGCUCAAACUGAGAGUCUCAGAAAGUCAAUAAUGGUUAGGCUUUGAUGAUGUAUCAGUUGAGAAUUUUCUUCUUGCUUUCCUAGUCUUAUCUGUUUUCUUAACGUAAUUCUUGGGAGUGGGCCUGUGGUUGAUCAAAUAGGCCAUCAAUGUAACUUGAUGUUUGAUUUUGCUGUAUUCUGAGUAUGAGAUUCAGAGACACGAAGUAGGAUUUAAUAAAGUCAGCUGCUAGAUUUCUUGUCCA